GGCUGAAAUUAAACUCACACAGGACGGCCAAAGUGCGUUACUUCGGCAGACACACUGCUUUUAUCUCUUCAAGUAAGACAAGAUGGGAGCAGGAGCAUCAAAGAACAAGAUUACCUCACAAGAUAAGGCUAUAUUAGACCUCAAAGUUCAGCGUGACAAGUUGAAAAGAUACCAGAAAAACCUUAAUGUAGUUAUCGAAAAAGAAGUAGAGGCAGCCAAGUUGGCUUUGACACAGGGCAAUAAGAAAAAGGCGCUUUUAGCAUUGAAGAAGAAGAAAUAUCAAGUUCAAUUAUUGGACAAAACAGAUCAACAGCUCAUGAACCUUGAAGAACUCACACAUUCGAUAGAAUAUGCCCUAGUAGAGAAGGAGAUUUUGGAAGGAUUAAAGAGCGGUAACGCUGUAUUGAACGAGAUCCAUAAAGAGACAUCGGUAGAAGCCGUAGAGAAAUUGAUGGAUGACACAGCAGAGGCGAUAGCUUAUCAAAAUGAAAUUGAUGAAAUGUUGACAGGACUGAUGACUUCAGAAGAUGAGGAAGAAAUCAUGAAAGAGUUGGAUGAAUUGAGAGAGCAAGAGUUGAGUGCUGAAUUACCAGAUGUACCCAAUAACAAGCUCCCAGAGGUCGACAUUGUUGAUAAGCUACCGGAGGUUCCAACGCACGCACCGAGUAGCGGGAAGGAAGCCGCUAAACCCAGCAAAGAAAGACAGGCAAUGCUCGCUUGAGCACACGACUAACCUUUUUUUUUUUAUCUUAAUUUGAUUUAAUUAUAAAUUUCGGAUUAUUCCUUUUCCCAAUAAUUCUUUUCUUUCUGUCU